AUGGUGAUGCGCUCAUUAAAAGUAUGAAGUUAUAACUCGUUUAAUUAUGAUUUGUUUGAGUAUGACUCAUCAAUUUUUUAUUAGUUCUAAUUUUGUGCAAAAAAUUAAAUAAUGAUAAAAAAAGGUCACAGUGUGCUGUGAAAAGUGAUGUGUGCCGUGGUCAAAAAAAAGUUUGAAAACCACUGUCGUGUAUGUUUAUUUCAUUUUGUUUAUGUAUGAACUUCAUUAGUUAAUUUUACUUUAAUAAAUCCUUAGUGAUUAGUUUGUAUAAUAAUUGUGUUUUUUUAUUUUUGUUAAAUUAUUUAUAAUUUACUUAGUAACUAAUUUGUUUAAUAUUUUAUUUAUUUUUUAGAUAAUUUCUGUUGGCUAUCAAAAGCCGUUCAGAUUAUCAUUAAACGGUAAAAACCAAUUUCUUUAUACAAUGGAACGAGAGUCUAAUUCAAUGCAGGCCUUGUGUCGUGGUGGAUGUGGUUUCUAUGGUAACCCGUCUACAGAUGGUCUGUGCUCUUUAUGUUAUAAAGAGGCACUUAAAAAGAAACAAACCCCUCCACAAACUGCCCCUUCGCCACCGUCAGUCACUGCUCAGACUAUGAUGGAGACUGCUAUACCCACUAUACCAGUGCUGCAAAUUCCACCUGUAUCUGCCUCCCCAAUUUUGCCUUCAGACGUCAAAAAAGAUGUAAAUUUCUUAUUAUUAACACUACUUAUAAUGUAUAUUAUAUAAUAGUUAAUAACAUUAAAAUAUAUUUUGUUUGUUAAGUUGGACAAUGGACUGGCUAGCAGUUCCAAUGACAGCAGUCUUAUGGACGAUGGUAAAAAAGAUGAUGAAGAUGAUGAUAAAGAUAAGUCUAAAAAGAAAAAUCGAUGUGCCAUGUGCCGCAAAAAAGUCGGUCUUACAGGUAAAGUGAAAGUUAAUAUUUAUUUUAAUUAUUCAAAAUAUUUAAUAAGUCCAUUUUAAAAAAUAUUCAAAUUUUGGAUGUAUUGACAAAUCAUUGACAAGGCCACUGAUUAUUGUGGGUAUAAUGGUUUUGUUACAAUUCUAAAGUAAAAUGAUAUCUCGUAAUUUCAGUUCAAAUGGGCAAACUCUUAUUGUAGUCAAACGUAACUGUAUUUAAAAUAUUAUUUGUCUUUAGUAAUUCUACGUCUUACAAAUAUUUGUAUGGUUUUAUGAAUUAUUUAUUUAGUACAAUAUCAUCAGUGCCUAGAGAAUUUUUUAAUGUGAGAGGAUGUAUCAAAUAAAAAUCGUGAAUAAAGAGAAAAAUGGUUUUCUCUACACAACUCUACUAUGGGAAUUGAUAAUUUAAAAGCCGAAUCCUAAAAAAAAAAAUCCAAUUUCUAUUCAAUAUAUCAAUUUUUUUCUUAGAAAUCUGCUGAAAUUUUUGAGUUCAUAUUAGAUUACUAUAGAUAUAAAUAUUUCUAUAGACAACCCCUAACCUCCCUAAUCUCACACACAUUGAUUAUAAUAUAUUUAUAGAUAGGCCAAAUGGAAAAACAGAAUAAUAGUUUAAUAGAUAUUUCUUAUAAAUUCCUCUGUCUAUUUUGGUACUAAAAUCAAGUAGCAUAAUAUAUUAUACAACCUCAUACUAAUACUAGAAGUGCAAAAAUACAUUAUUGAUGUAUUAGAAUUUACACCAAAUAGAAGACAAUAAAUUUAGAUUUUACAUUUAAAUAAGUGUUCAUUACAAUCGAGAUUGAGAUUUUGAGCAUCAUCAUUUACUGUAAUAUUGAAGUUUAUUAUGUUUCCAAUAUCUUCAGUAUUUCCUUCAAUAAGCUAUAUAGGAAACUAAAUAAACUACCCUAGGAACUAUCUUGAUUUAUUUAAACUUGAAAUGCAAAACAAUAUGUGCUAAUUUGUAAUAAUAAUAAUAAUAUCAAAAUUAUAUAUAAUUAUUUUUUUUUCUUUUUAGGAUUUGAAUGCCGUUGUGGUGGCUUAUUUUGCGGCAUACAUAGAUACUCUGACAAGCACAAUUGUUCUUUUGACUAUAGGGAGCUUGGAGCACAAGAAAUAAGGCGCAAUAAUCCCGUAGUUGUCGGAGAAAAAAUUCAGAAAAUUUAA